AUGAGUAACUUAUCUAAUUGGACCAAUGGCAUAGAAGGUGAGAGAGAUCAAGGAGAUAUGAAGGACACUAACAGGGAUCUACAAGUCGGAGACCCUACAUAUGAAUGCAGGAUGAAAGGGCUGCAGACAUUGGGGUGUUACAGUGAGGUUACUAAUCUGGGGGAAGCGGCUAGUUCAUAUAUGCAAGCCAGCCAACAGGGAUCUGCGAAAGAAUCUACUCACUCGAAUGUUAGCCUGGGAAAGGAAAGUCACAUGUGUGAACAAGUGAGAGCAAACAAUGACAUUCGCCUUGAGAGGCACGACUCGUGUGUCAAUAAUUUGGCGAACUCGUCGUUCGGUGGGAUGGAAGGGCCCCUACAAAAUGUUGAACCAGAUCAGGGUGACGCAGGCAUACUUGGGGGAGGAAGUGGCCAAGCAGGUGGUCCAGCAGGUGGUCAAGCAGGUGGUCCAGCAAGCCUUCAAGCAAGUGAUUACCAAAAUGGGCUUAUGAAUGACCACCCGGGUAGCCACACAAAUGACCGCGGAGUUAACCCGGGCGAGGCCGAACCCCCAGUAGAAGGUCAACAAUCCGUCGAACUGAACAAAAAUAAUUUGCACGACGGACAAAACGAAGAACUGGGGAACCAAACGAGCAGCCAUCUCCCGAUCGAAGAGGAACAAGCGGAUGGACAUUCCAAAUGGAGCCUCCAAGAAGAGCAUAGCAAAAUAACAAACGAAAAAAUUACUGAACCCGUGCAAAAAGAAAAUGAAGACUCAAAAAGAGUCCAUUCGAGCCAUGUCAAUGAUUAUACAUUUUUUGGACAACGAGAAAGGGAAGCAGUAGAGGUGGAAUGUAUGAGGAAUGAACCUGUCAAAGGUGAAACAUUGCUAGGGGAGGAUCCACGUGGUGAUUACUGCGAUGCUGGUAACGCAAAUUUAUUACCACCCCUUCAGGAGGAUCCAAACGAAUUGAUUAGUUCGGUUAAUCAGUAUGAACAUGCUCAGGUAAAUACAUUCAGCAGUGACUCCAAGCAAACACACGGAGAAGGUGAGGAGGAAAUGAGACCCACUUCUAAAGAUAACUCGAAUGAUGAGAUCGCAAACAAAUUAACAAGUCCAUCACCGGAGGAGGAAAAAAAAGGAAAUUUUCAACAUAGAGGAGAAGCAAAAUGAAAAAUGUAAAAAUGACGACGAGGUGGUAGAGAAGGAAAAUGGGCCAAGAGUUAGUGCCCCAUCUGAUGCGGCAAUAAAUUGUGAAAGCCUAGGCACUGAUGCCAGUAGAAGUAGUGACAGCAUGGUAAGCAGCGAAAGAGCUGUGAACCAAAUCGAAAAGAAUGAUCAAACAUGGAUCAAUUGUGAAAUAACUCAAAAUGAAUACAAAAAAAAAAGAGACAUUACAGAGGUAGGAGAUGAUUCCCAUUUAAGUAACGCUAAAAAAAAAAUUAAUUUUUCUAGCCCCGUUAAUAAUACCUUAACGUGUGACCACCAGGGGAGUGGAAACUGUGAUGAUGUCGAAUUUGAGGGAAGCAAAAUAAGCACUGCCCCGUGUGGUGCAUUAGGGUUUGAUGCGGCACAGGCCGAUGUGGAAGGGCCCUACAAGCCAGAUAUAAACGCAUGUGUGUCCAUGCCAUCUAGCGAAUUGAUAGCUGCGCACGGAACGGAAAAUAUGCCCCGUGAGGAAGCCACUGCAGGAAGGGAAACACCAAACGAUGCUUUACAGCCAUGCGACAUUGCGCACCCAAGCGGCAUUGCACUUCCAAACGGGGCUGUGCGUGAAAACGCCCCGCCGAACGCGUGUACUACUUUUAACGCACCAGAAAAUGUAAGUGAGAAAAUGCAGGACCUAGCAAGACUAGAAAAUCCUGACACAAUGCCUACCUCGGUGUACUCCAAAAUGGAUCCUAUUCCUUCAGAAACGCAUGCAGGAAAUGGAAUCUCCCCACCGAAUGAGGUCGCCCCUGUGGAUGCACCCUUGACAAAAUUGCCAUGCGCACCUUUUGACGUACGUGACGCUGAAGGGAAAUUCCCGAGGGGAGAAAAAAAUGGAAAAGAUGGAGAAGAUGAAAAAAGCAUAGGUAAAAGUGCAAAUGAAAAAAUAUUAAGCAGCCAUACAAUUGAAAACAACCUUGAAAGCGAAAAUAAAGCAGAGCGUAAAAUAGCUGUAGAACACGAAAUAGCUGUAGAACGCGACAUAGCUGCGAAACGCGACAUAGCUGUGGAACGAGAAAUAGCUGUGGAUCGCGACAUAGCUGUGGAACGAGAAAUAGCUGUGGAUCGCGACAUAGCUGUGGAACGAGAAAUAGCUGUGGAACGCGACAUAGCUUUGGAACGCGAAAUAACUGUAGAGGGUCAAAAAAAAACGGAAAAUAUUAAAAACGAAAAGAACCCCAACUGGGAAAAGAACCAGAAAAGCGAAGAAAUCGCGUCCAGUGAGAAAAACUACAAAGGCCAAAAAGGCACACCAAGAGAGCAAACCGCGCAAACUGCGCAAACCGAGCAAACAGCGCAAACCGAGCAAACCGCGCAAACCGAGCAAACAGCACAAACCGAGCAAACCGCGCAAGUAGCACUUCACACACCGAUGGAGCAAACCAAGCUAACCGCGCACACGCCAAACUCCGCCGCGAGUUCCCCCCCAGUUAGGAGCAGCAUGAGCUUCAACGAGGUGCCGCUGAGAAACCUGAACCAGGGCCUGAACCAUAAGCAGAUGCAGAGACAAAACUCGAAGCAGUUCCCGUCGCAGCACGUAGAACGCUACCCGUCCGACAACCAACCGUUCGCCAUGGACCAAGAGACAAACACCUUUUCGACAAACCUCCGCAGCAGUGUCGAACCUGUAGGAGCCAACAACUUGCAGAAGGAUCCCCCUAUGGAAAAUCUAAAAAACGGUGCUACCAUAAACGAUCACGUGGACAUGAGCACAUUAGGUGUAGAGAACCAAGGAGAGGAGCUGAAGGGACACCUGUCCUAUGGAACGAAUGGAAUUACCGAUGGUGACCUGGCUCGGGGCAAUCAUGUGACAAGUCUCAAAACAGCUGGUGUGACAAGUGCCCACCACAGUGGGAAUCGUCUAAACAGUGCAAACAGCGGAGCUAGCCGACGUAGUGGAAGCGGCGUAAACGGGGUAAGCAGCGUAAACGGGGUAAGCGGCAUAAACGGGGUAAGCAGCGUAAACGGGGUAAGCAGCGUAAACGGGGUAAGCGGCGUAAACGGGGUAAGCGGCGUGAGCGACCAGGGCGCGGCCAACUUCAUCAACGGAGAGCAGCUGGAGAAUUACCUGAACGAGCAAAUGAGGACGAGCAAUCCAUUGCACAAGGAACUUACAAUGGAUAUCAUCCCCAAGCAAAUAAUUAAAAAAAAAAUAAGUGAAGACACCACCAUUCAGGAAAAUGACAACGAUCACAUCGAAUAUAGGAACAAAGAAAUGGUGAUGAGAAAAGUUAGUCAAGAUACGAUCGUUAAUGAUAUGAUGGAAGAUAAUAAUCUAUCGAUGGAAAGGAACAAAGAAAUGAUUUUUAAAAAAAUUAGCCAAGAGAUACCCAUCAGCAAUAUCCAUAAGCCAAACGUUGGUCACGUAAAUAAUGAUCGCUUGAUGAAAAACACGAGUCUAGACACCACCAUCAGCUGUGUGCACAGCGAGAAUGUCGGGAGUGUGGGUAAGGACAUUAUCCUGCACAAAAUGGGUAAGCAAGAGACUGUGGGAGAAUUGCUUGGCGGGAUGAACGGCAUGAGUGGCAUGAGCAGGAUGGGCGGCAUGAAUGGGGUUGACGUGGUGAGCGGUAUGGAUGACAUGGAUGGCGUGGACAGCAUGAACGGCAGAAGCGACAUGCACCACGUGGACAGCAUGAACGGCAGAAGCGGAAUGCACCACGUGGACAGCAUGAACGGCAGAAGCGGAAUGCACCACACGGACGGCAGAAACGGCAGAAACCGCAUGCACCACGUGGACGAUUCAAACGAAGAAAACACGCGCGACGACCUGUACCACCAACACCACGUCCUGUAUAACCACAGCCCGCAGAGCGAAAUGAAUGAUCGAAAUUUUAAAGAGGAAAUGAACCUGCAAAGCAUGAUGGGUUUCCAAGACCAUCAAAAUCUAAUUAGCUGCACACAUAAUGACAGCCUGGGGAACCACUGCGAGGUAAACGGUGCACAUAACGAAAGCCUGAGGAACCACUGCGAGGUAAGCGGAGCAUAUAACAACGGUCUGAACAACCACAGUAUGCACAGCAACACCAAAGAAGUAGACAUGAGCAGUAACGUAGAUUUCACAGAUGACAAAUACAGUCAAUGGUUCGACACGAUCUACACAGUGUGCGUAAAAUUGGACGACCUCUGCUGUAAAUUGAAUUCGGAUUAUCCUCACUCCAUGCACAUAUGGGAGAGUAACGGAAACCCUAGUGUAUACGAUUUGAAGAGUGCAUUUCAGAACAGCAACAAUUUAAAAAUAUUUUCGCAGAGGAGUAAUCCAGUAGAUAAAGUUCCUGCUGGGGUUGCACCAACAGUUCCACCGAGCAUUUAUAACGACCUAAACAGCAGUGACAGCAGUGCCAAUAGCAACUACAGGUAUGCAGUUACUCAUGUUAGCAACCACAACGAAGGAGUCAUGAAAAACCAUGACCAGUUCGUACAUGAUAACUUCGAAAAUAACCUUUCUGCACAUGUAAAAAAUAAUUCAAAAGAUAUUGGACGCAUGUACGGAGUGAGCAACAUGAACAACAACAAUCAGUAUGUAAAAGAUUUGGGUCAUGUCUACUCACCUUGUGACGAACAUUUAAAGAGGAUCCAAACGAAGAACGAAGAUGGAAAAAGUGGCAGGAAAACACAACAUGAGUAUGCGCUCCACAGGGAGAUGUACAACCAUGGAAAUAGUAACGCCCUGCAGGAUAGUAGCCUCCUUUAUGACAGAGAAAAGAACGGUAUGAAGACCGACAUUGGAGUUAUACCUGGUGCGCUUUCGAAGGACGCCCUGGAAUUACUGCACGCUUACGGCAAAGCAGACCCGAGAGUGAAUGACAGAUUUAAGGUCGAACUGUACAACGCGCCUCCCCAGUACGUUACACACGGAGAUGGAACAGACGGGGCAAACCACAGCAACUGUGGCCACCGCGGUGCCACCCCCUUCAGUAGCGGCAUCCCCACAGUUAUAAACAACGGCAGUACCGGCACACCCCCCCGAAACGGAGACUCCCUAUCCAUGGCCAAAAAUUCAAACGCAAAGGGAUUAAUGCAAUACGUGAAGAAUGAACACAAUGACGGAUUCAAAAACGCAAACGAUGCAUCAGCAAACACCACCAAGAGAAAAAAAGGAGGCAAAAAAAACACAGCCAAUAGCAACAAAAGUGUAGAAAAAAAAAGUAUAAAAAAAUAUGGUACGGUUAGUAAAACAAAUACCAAAAUUAUAAAAAAUGAAAGCGAAUUUGAGUACCUGUUGGAGUUAUCCGAUAAAGAAGGCCCUAACCUAGAGAACCCUGAUGAUCUGAAAUGUGAUGUCGCAGGAGUUUAUUGGGACAAGAGGAGCUGGAUUGCCUCCUGGUAUGACAAUGGCAAGCGCUAUUACAAAUCCUUCUCUGCAAAAACACAUGGUUUUUAUAAGUCUAAAUUCUGGGCAAUCAAAGUUAGACUCUCCAAAGUUAAAGGCCAAACCAUAUUUGGGAAGAAUUGCCGCAAGAAUAAGGACGUCGAUGGGAGUAACCCUGUUCAUAACAACCUCACCUUUAACAGCUCCAUUGUAAGUGAGAACAAUAACGUACUUCUUGGGAAUAUCUAG